AAGUUGUUGUAUUAUUACAGAUCCUAAUUAACCUCUGUUGUUUCCUUAGCGAUAUUGGAGGAGUCCCAGUGAUCUAUCUGACUCUAGCUAUAAGUUUGCAACAUCUUAACAUAGAAAAAGAUGCUUCAUACAAUAAAGACUGUUUUAACCUCUCCACAAACUUCAUUUCCACGUUCACUCUCUUCAAACCUUUGUCGGGAAACUUCCACCGUUAGAUUUUGCUCCAAAGCUGAUUCUGCACAUAAGAUGGACAAGGCUCAACAAAAGUCUAGUAGUGAGAAAAAGGAAACUACUGAACAUGGGGAUGUGAUGUCUCAUUCCUUUGGAGAAGGGUAUGCUACAAGGUCUGAUGAAGAAGGAUUUGGAGGGAUAUAUGGUGGAAACCAAUCCCUUCAGAAAGAUAAGUCCGUCCAUGAAAAUCACCCAGAUUAUGACAAGACACAGGGAAGCGAGGUGAAAGAGAAGGAAAAAGCUAGGCACCAGAGCAGCGCCAAUGCUUAGGUUUUUCUUGUGUGUAGUGGUUUAUGCAAUAAACACAUGUAUUUGCAGUUAGAGUUUCUUUUUAAUAGUCAUCGUCGUUUAGUUUUUCCUUCUUGGUUUAUAAUUUUUACUCAGAGUGAUAAUAUGGACAAUUAUGUAUAAGUAUUAUGUUUCCUUAAAAAAAAAAAAAAUGUACAAGUAUUAUGUUA